ACCUCUAUUUAACCCUGGCAUUUGGCUCACAAGCACAUAAAGCGUCCAACACUUUGUCAUCCCCGGCAUUCAUCAGUCUCUACUCUGACCAGUCAUGAAUAUGAUCUGGCUUUGCAUCACACUGGUGUCAAUUACUCAGAUCAUCUGUGAUCAAAACAUUGACACAAGCCACAUCAGAGUUUUUCCAGCCGUGAACAAAAGUAUUGCUGGAGUCUUCCAGGUUACCUACACAGAUGACUUCAACCAGCCUCAGUAUGCCUUCAAUGCCUCUGAAGCUCGGACGCUCUGCUGGUCCCUCGGAGUGAACAUUGCCUCCAAAGCACAAGUAAAAGAUGCUCUCAGUAGAGGUUUAGAAACAUGCAGGUUUGGAUGGAUUGAUGAGCAUUUUGGAGUCAUUCCCCGCAGGAAGGCCCUUUCUAACUGUGGCCAAAACCAGACGGGCUUGGUGACAUGGCGAGCACCUGUUACACAAAAGUUUGACGUGUUUUGCUUUAAUGAAUCAGAUGCAGCGACACAAUUGAAGGAUACAACAACUGAUAGCCCUUUGCACAGCGGGGAUUACUCGGGGCAAACUCAGUUUCCCCCCAAAGAAGUAAACUCCACCCUGAAAAUGCACUCUACAUCUUCAUCCAGCCUUCUUCCUUCUUCCUCCUCAACCCCUAACACCUUAGACAAUGAGGUAGAACCAGCUCGGUUUGUCGGUGGUGUACAAGGCUCUGCUGGAGCUACGGCUAUACUCAUCACCUCAAUUUGUGCCCUUCUGCUUAUUGCAGUAAUCGCCCUUGUGUACAUAAAAAUGAGAAGGAAUCGCUCUCUGAGCACUGACAUAAAGCAGCAGGAAGAGUACAUCCAGACAGAAGAGUGGACGUGUGUGAAGAUUAUAAAGGAAACCAAGAUAGCUGCUGACGAGGAUGAGAGGAUAGACGUGGACGACAAUGCAACUUAAACAUUUUUCUGAUGAGAUAUUUCAACAAAAGCACUCUGUGGAAAACUACUGAGUAAUAUUCAUAUAAAGGACAGAGAUGGGUCCCUUAUUGUGUGCUAUGUUUUGUGUGGAAAAAAAUGUAACAUAAUGACUGUAAACGUGCAUUUAUUUUUGUGUUAUAUGCAGUAUGUUUGUCAUAAAGUUUGAUGUUAUUAAAUGGUGUUGUUUAGCCACUAGAUGGCAACGUUUGCAAUACAA